AUGUCGCUUCUAGACAGGAUCGAAGCCCUACCCACAGAGCUCGUACACAAGAUCUUUGAGCACUACUGGAAUUUCUCCACAGACAAAGUCCUGUAUCAGCUAAAGAUGGAACCAAGAGAAGCCUUUUCGAUAGCAACAAGAAGGGAACCCCUGAACAUCGGUCGUACAACAAAUCGCGAUCAUAUUUCUCCGUACGACGACGGGCGGGUCGACAGCAAUGGUGAAGAAAACCAAAUUCUCAUGGCUGUGACCUUUGCAACGAUCGAGCAGAUCCUAGCCCUGAAGAAAAAUCGCCCACAUGUCCAGCAAUUCAAUCUGAGUGCUCUAACAUACACUCUGCUAUUGCCAAACCACCCCAAGAUUCGCUUAAAUUCGCUCCUUGCAUUACUCAACCGCGGUCCUGCAAAAGCAGCUGAAGAUGUCACGACUCUCUCGCGUACCCUCGACACUUCAAGAAUCGAUUACAGCGAGAGAAGACAGCCAUCGCAGAUGCCAGUUUCUACUCGUCUCAGCGAGCAAAGUCUACACUUCAAGACAGCCAACGAUGCCGAACUCUUUNUCCACGCAGAUAUGUCUCGUGCCUUGCUUAUAAGGUCAUUCUCCUUUGGUUAUUGUAGAGAUCUGGGCUGGAUCCGCGGACUCGACAACCUGCAUUUUCUUUUCUGGAGCACAGGUGGACUUGGAUAUUGUGCAGAUGAGAUCUAUAUCAUCGCAUACACCAAGCCAUAUAUAUUUGGCGAGAGCAGCCAGGACAGUCCACUGCUGUCUUUCGUCAUUCGCUCAACAGAAUAUGCUUCCAUCAAUCGUACCUACGAUCACGACCUUCAUCGCUCCAUAUAUCCUCUCGAAAAGCUCGGUCUCAACACUUUGGAAGAAAUGUCAAAAGAGCAACUGAUAGCCUUCCGCCAGACUAAUUUGAGAAAACACCUUAUCGAAUGGCCUCCAAAGUACGUCUCAUACAAAGCGGAGGAUCAAAAUCGUCUCAAAAUCUAUAUGGACAGAAUCUCCAGUGUCAAUGGCAUAUGCGAAUUCUGGGAGAACCCGAACUGCGAAGACCCAGUGUGA